AUGUCUGGCAACUCUUCCUCUCACGGCUCCUCGUCCGGAAAGACCAACUGGGACUCGAUCGCCAUGGGUUCUUCUGCCCUCGGGUUCAUCAAGACGGACGUUGCCUCCAAGUCCUCUAGCUCCCGCGGUGGUUCUUCUCACGGUUCAUCGUCUGGAUCCAAGUCCGGCUCCUCUCACGGUAGCUCGAAGGGCUCCAGCAGCGGUUCGAGGCGCUAA